AUGAGUUUGGCAGAAUUCCAUUUCAAUACAGCGUUCAAUCGCUCUACAGGAAUGACUCCCUUUGAAAUCACUUUUGGCCACAAACCACCUAACUUGCUGGCUUAUACCCUCGGAUCUUCAACAGUGGAUGCCAUUGGCUCAGAUUUAUCCACCAGAGAGCACAUCUUAUGCACCUUACGGGACAACCUGUUCAAAUCACAGAACGCGAUGAAGGCAUUUGCAUAUAAAAAGAGAAAAGAGAAAUUUUUUAAAGUAGGUGACUGGGUUUUGUUGCGUCUACAACCUCAUAGACAAUUAUCUGUGGCUCGCCGUUCGUCGCAGAAACUAGCACAACGAUUUUAUGGCCCUUAUCAGAUCCUCGAAAUGAUUGGCCAAGUUUUCUAUCGUCUUCAAUUACCGAAGACUUCUCGAAUACACAAUGUGUUUCACGUCUCACUUUUAAGACCCUUUCAUGCAGAUUUCAAAUUACCCCGUCCACCGGCACCACUUACGGCCUUGGAUGGACCUCCCAUCCAUUAUCCUCAAGCGGUGGUUGGAAAUCGCUUGAUCUGGCGACAAGGGCAAGAGAUUCCUCAAGUGUUGGUUAAAUGGGAGGGCUUACCACUGGAAGAUUGCACAUGGGAGGAUGAAUUCACGAUUAUGGAUCUAGUAGCUGGGAAACCUAAAGGUACCAGGAAGUCAGCAACUGCUCAAAGUUCGAAUCUUUCACUGGGUUUGAACCCUAAACCUAACACCGCUUCAGCCACCCCUCAAAUGGCCUCUCCUGAUGUCACUCCCAACCAACGCCUCCUUUACCAUCCCCACUCCAUUUACAAAACACAACUUUUGUUCCCAAAGACAAAGAGCUUUUCAAACCACACGAUGUAG